GUUUUAUUAGGUUUUUUCUUUUCCUCUCUCCCUCUGGAAUACUCUGGAAUAGAGCAAAGAGUGCGCAAGACAAGGUUGGGCGGGAGCACAGCACAGCAGCGGUAACUCAAUCUUCAGAUCGCCAUAAUGUCGGGAGGAGAGGAAGGUGCCGCUAUUGUGGCCGAGUCACCAGCACCACCUUUAGGUGAACCAAUGGACAUUAUGACAGCUUUGCAGCUUGUGCUGAAGAAAUCACUUGCUCAUGAUGGACUGGCACGUGGCCUUCAUGAAGGUGCCAAAAUAAUUGAGAAACAUGCUGCACAGCUCUGCGUUCUUGCUGAGGACUGCAACCAGCCAGACUAUGUCAAACUGGUCAGAGCUCUAUGUGCUGAUCACAAUGUGAGCUUGAUUACUGUUCCCAGUGCAAAGACCCUUGGCGAGUGGGCAGGACUAUGCAAAAUUGAUUCAGAAGGAAAGGCCAGGAAAGUUGUUGGUUGUUCCUGUGUUGUUGUUAAGGACUAUGGUGAGGAAUCCGAAGGGCUCCAUAUUGUUCAGGAAUAUGUGAAAUCUCAUUGAGUGUUAAGGUUAUUUUUGAAGGUGUUAAGGAGGAUCAAGGCAGUAGAGUUCUGUGCUUAAUUUUUGUCUACAGUAUGUGAAGACAAGCCAGAUUUUCUCAAUGUUGUUUUUAAUUCUAAGUGGGUAAAUGAUGUAGCUUUUUGUUCACUUUUCAAAGAGUUUUCUUUCGUUGACUCUUAUUGAUUUCUGACGGGAAUUUAGAUACCAACUCUCCCUAAUCAUAAUAGCCUAAGUCUUCAUUCUUUUA